CGAGUCGAAGCUGGUAGCUUUGUUGGUAGCAUAGGCUACUUGCCUGGCCUUCUUUCUGUCACCGUGUCCUCCUCCAUCAUCGGACCAGUUCAAGUGCCCUCGACGCCCGGCGCUCAUAUGACAUCGCAUCGUAACAGAGCAGAGCCUCACGACUAAGGAGUCUAGCCCUACUGGUGAAACAACUAAAAAGAAGAAAAAAAGACUCUCUUUUUGGAAACCUGAUUCCACAACUGUGACAAGUGACACAAAAGCUAGGGAGAAGAGCCUCCUCCUGAAGGACAGCGGUUUUCCGGGCCUUCUUGGGACAGAAAGCAUGGAGGAGAUUUCGGCUUUACCUGGGGCGUGGACCAUGGGCGAGUUGUCCUGCUUGUCAACAGAGCAACCACUCUCCGAAGAGCAUUUGGAGGAAUUUAAGGCUGCUUACAGGCAUAUGAGGAGAUUAUCUAGGAGAUCAUCCCCUGUGCAGACCAGAUCAGAGCAGAACGACACAGCCUGGAGUGAUGAAGAUGAUGAGGCUUUCCAGAAGUUUCUUUCAGUCGUCACGGAUAAGCAAAAAUUCUCACGGUGUCUGAAAGGUGACCCUAAGGCUGAGCCUUACAUACACUUUUAUAAAAUCCUUAACAGCAUUCUGAAUGCAGAUAACAUUUCCAGUAUUUCACCUGGGGAGCUCAUGAGGUUUGAUCAAAGAAAAUUUCAGAAUUUUCUGCAUGGAGUAUAUGAGGAGAAACACAGUCAAGUGAUCACCUAUUAUGCCAAAGGAGCCCAUCUGGUGGGACUGCAUUCCAGACAGCUGCUGAAGUACAUCCAGCCUAAUUGCAGUGACGAUACGGGGAGCCCUUAUUCCAGGAAACCAUACCUGAAUCCUACCUACAGGCCACACAUCAAAUACAUGUCAUCACUAAAGAUUCAGCAUAUAAAAUCCAAUAAAAGCAAGAAGACUGUGGAGAUAGAGGAUCGCAUUAGACAGCUAACAGUCAAACGAGAAGGGAUGAAGACUAAUGAAAUGGUCACACCUGUGAAAAUUAAGGUCCACCUGAAGGUGAAGAACAGAGAGGCACUGACCUAUGAUGACAUUAACCAGAUUAGACGCAAGGCUAAUGAGGGAGUGGAUUCGUACCUGCGCAGCCUGACCCUUUGUAAAAGGUGGGACACGUUACAGUCGUGGAGGUCCCUACAGAACUUCUAUCCCACCCUGUCCGAUAGCGCCAACUUCCCUGAGAGCUUCAGCACCUAUAGCUGGAGCUGGAGCGGCCGGAGGAACAUGGUGGAGAUCUGCGAGCUGGUGGAGAUUGUGGAGGCGGCCGCAGCCUCAUCCACCCCCGCCUCUUCUGUGCCGCACAAAUCGGCAUGACCGGUCACAUCUCAUCUCUCUUGAGGCCAAGCCAAACAUCCCUCCCUCUCCCCUCUCUGGCACAUGCUGACUUCAUUAUUAUGUCUAGAAUAAAAACAAUACCAUUGGGUAGAUAAAAAUGA